AUGAGCUCUUCAAGUACAGAGUCCCCUGAGGUUGAAACCUCCACUUUCUAUGACUAUUACGAUAACUACAAUGAUGCUCCAAAACCAUGCAGCAAGGAUAAUGUCAAGAGGUUUGCAGCCUCCUUCCUGCCUGUUCUCUACACUUUGGUAUUCCUGGUUGGGCUCUUAGGAAACCUCCUGGUCAUGGUGGUCCUCUUCAAAUACAAGCGGCUGAAGGGCAUGACUGACGUCUAUCUGCUCAACCUCGCCAUCUCAGAUUUGCUCUUUGUUGUAUCCUUGCCCUUCUGGUCUUACUUCACCAUAGACCAAUGGGUUUUUGGAACUCCCUGGUGUAAAGUCAUUUCAUGGCUCUACCUGGUUGGGUUUUACAGUGGCAUCUUCUUCAUUAUGCUGAUGAGCAUAGACAGAUACCUGGCAAUUGUUCGUGCAGUGUUUUCUUUGAAAGCAAGGACUGCCUUCCAUGGCUUGAUCACCAGCCUUGUUGUGUGGCUGGUAGCUCUCUCAGCCUCAGCUCCAGAGCUUGUCUUCAGAGAAUCUUUUGAUGAACACAAUUAUACCACCUGCAAGCAGAGAUAUCCAGGCAAUUUCACAGCAUGGAAACUUUUCUCCACUUUGGAAAUCAACAUUCUGGGGCUCCUCAUCCCUUCCAUGGUGAUGACGUUUUGCUACUCUAUGAUCGUUAAGACAUUAGUUCACUGUCGAAAUGAGAAAAAGAACAAGGCUGUGAGGAUGAUCUUUGCUGUCAUGGUUGUGUUCUUCUUCUUUUGGACUCCUUACAACAUUGUUCUUUUCUUACAACUGCUGGAGAUGAUGGGAGUCAUCAGAGACUGUGAAAUGAGCAGGAAUCUGGAUUAUGCUUCCCAGGUAACAGAAAUCCUUGGCCUUUUUCACUGUUGCCUCAACCCCGUCAUCUACUUCUUCAUGGGGGAAAAAUUUAAGAAGUACCUGAAGAUGCUUUUUAAGAACUGGAGGUUACCUGGAGAAGUUUGCAAGUGGUGUGGUGCUCACAUCACUUACCACACUGAGUCUACCAGUUCAUUCCACACACAGUCCACGGGGGAUCAAGAUGCCCUAUAA